AUGGCAGCCAAACACACCUUCGCGCGUCAUCCGCGCUACACUGCGAUACUCGUCGUCAUACUGCUCGCUUUCGUCUUCGUCCUCACCCAGGGCCCACCAGCACCGAGUCCUGAGGGCUACUUCCGCCGCCAGGGACCCAAGUCGCUCCGGUGGCACGUCGUGGACGAGGAGGAACGCUACCAGCAGGUGCUGCGCGAUCGCCAGGCGAUGGUGCGCAAGUGGGGGCCGGAGCCCUCAAUGGUCGAGGCGUUCCCGCCGCGCGAUGACUUCUACACGCUCUGGGACUUCUUCAUCCCUGCCUACCAGUGUCCGCACCGCGUCGAGCGCAUCGGCGCACUGGGCGACGGCGGCAAGUGGGUUUGCGGAUUCGAGCGCGUCGCGCGGCAGCCGCACUGCGUGAUCUACUCCUUCGGUGUGAACAACGAGUCGUCCUUCGAGGCCGCGCUGCUGCGUGCCGCACCCGGCUGCGAGGUGUGGGGCUAUGACUUCAGUGUCCCAGCGUUCGGCCCGGAGAUUACCGCGGACCCUGCGCUCAACGCUCGCGCGCAUUUCUUCCCGUACGCACUCGGCGACCGCGACAGCUACGGCGCCGGCGCGAACCCGCCGACGUACACGCUCGCGACACUCAUGGCGCUCAACGGGCACCGCUUCAUUGACCUUCUGAAGAUUGACAUCGAGGGCGCCGAGUUUGCAUCGCUCGCUGCGUUCCUCGGCGAGUUUGCGCCGCCGACGCAUGGCGCGCAGACGCACCCACAUGCGCCGCCCCCGCCGCCGCUCCCGAUCGGGCAAAUGCAGAUCGAGAUCCACGCGCGCGGCGGUACGGGGUACGACACCUUUGCGCCGUUCCAGCAGUGGUGGGAAUCGCUUGAGCACGCCGGCCUGCGCCCGUUCUACGCAGAGCCUAAUCUCGUGUACGUCAACUUGAUCCGUGGCGCGCGUCCGGACCUAGCAGAGUACUCUUUCAUGAACAUCUACGGCGACCACGCUCUCGUUUCCGAUCGUUAUCUCGCCCCUUAAACACCUGUGUGCCUCCGCCGACCACAUACUAUCUACGCAAAAAGUCUCGGCGUCGUAUCCACACCCUAAUCCGCGGACUCUCCGAGCAUAUUUAGCUGCAUUACGGACUAGGCAUCCCAUAGGAGACGAUUAGACAUCGUCCUGACCCCUCCACAUAUCCAGCCUCCAUGCUCUCUUGAAUCCCAGACAAUUUCGAGUACUACUACUCUCAUUCAUCGGAUAUUCUCUCCUGUAUAACGUAAUGCGUAAAUUGAGCUUGCUCU